AUGGCCUCUUUUCUUCGUAAACUUUUUGGCCUUAGAAGGAAAAAAUUAACAAAGAAAGAUUCAAUAACUGGAAGGAAUAAUUCUUUUCCUGUCCCAUAUUUGUCAAAAUUGGAAGGGAAUCAAUUAGAAAGUGGACAAUCUUUAAUUGUUAGAGGAGUUAUUAUUUCAAAUGAGGAAUUUGUUAUUAAUUUAACUAGCGGAUCUAGAGUAAUAUUGGAUGAAGAAACUCGUGUUUUAGAUGAUCGUUUACUUUGUAUGAAAAUUGAAUUAAAAAAGAAAAGAAUUCGUUUAAAUGCUUGUAUUAAUGGGGAAUGGGGAAGUGAAGGAUUUGUUAAACAUAAAUGGAAAAAUGGAGACGAAUUUGACAUCCGAAUAAGAUGUCAUGAAGAUGAAUUUGAGGUAUUUGUUGAUCACAAAUUAUGUGCUCGUUUUGGGCAUUAUGUCCCUUUAACAAAUAUUUCCCAUUUAUAUGUUGAUGGUUGUGUUGAAUUAUAUUCUGUAUCGUGGGAAGGGAGAGAAUAUAUAGUUCCCUAUGCUGCUGAUAUACCCGGAAAUUUCUAUCCUGGAAGGCGUCUAUAUAUUUCUGGAUUAAUUAAAAAAAGAGCUAAACACUUUCAAUUAAUUUUAUUUUCUGGUGUUAAUAAAGCAUUUAGAAUGACUACAAAAUUUGGAUUUUCUAAGAAAAUGAUUUGUGAUACACAAACAACAACACAAACAACAGAAGAAGGAGGGGGAGAAGGAGAACAAAAGAAUAAAAAUUUAUUAAUUGGAGAGUCACCACCAACAAUAUUUCAAUUAGAAGAAUUCCCUUUUAGAAGAAAAAAAGCUUUUGAUUUAUUAAUUUAUUGUGAAGAUAAAAAAUUUGUAAUUUAUAUUGAUGAUUGUUUAUUGGGAAAAUAUGAACAUAGAAUAAAUCCACAAACAAUUGACCGACUUUCAAUUGAAGGUGAUAUUGUACUACACGGAGUACAUUUAAAAUAA